UAUUACUUUAAUCGUAUUAUUUAAUUACUUCAUUUCUCUUUGUACUUUCCUUGUCUAGAUUCUGUCUCUCUCUCUGCUAGCAACUCUCUCUCACACAAGCAGGAGAGAAGUGAAUAAUCAAUGGCGAGUUGCUUCAGCUACGUCUCUUCUCGUAACAAAUGUUACCAGUACAGCUUCUCUCGCGCCGGUCUCCGAUCAUCGGCCACCGAUCUCGGCGACGGCACAGUCGUCCAUUGCUGGGUCCCACAGACCCACAACAACGCCAAGCGCACGCUCCUCCUUCUCCACGGGAUCGGAGCUAACGCCAUGUGGCAGUGGGACCGCUUCAUCGACCGGUUUAUCCCCCGGUUCAACGUCUACGUACCGGACCUCAUCUUCUUCGGCGACUCGCACACGACUCGGUCAGACCGGUCCGAGUCGUUCCAGGCGAGUUGCGUCAUGAAGGCGAUGGACGCUCACGGCGUUGGGACCAUGACGGUGGCCGGGCUCAGCUACGGCGGGUUUGUGGCGUAUUCCAUGGCGGCGCAGUUCAAAGAGAGGAUAGAUCGAGUUGUGCUAAUAUGCGCCGGGGUAGCUCUGGAGGAGAAAGACGUGGAGGAAGGGAUGUUUAAAGUGAAGAGCGCGGAGGAGGCGGCGAACAUUCUGUUUCCUCAGUCUCCGUCGAUGCUCCGGCGACUUCUCCAGUUAUCUUUCUACAAGCCUCCGAUUUGGAUACCCUCUUGCUUUGCCAUGGACUACAUUCAUGUAAUGUGUAGAGAUUAUCUUCAAGAAAGGAAAGAACUUGUGGAAGCUCUGCAUAAGGGUAGAAGAUUCGCCAAUCUUCCAAAGAUUUCACAGCCUACACUGAUGAUAUGGGGAGAGCAAGAUCAAGUUUUUCCAGUGGAAUUGGCACAUCGAUUGAAAAGACACUUAGGGGAAAACAGAGCACAGUUAGUGCUACUAAAGAAGACAGGACAUGCGAUUAAUGAAGAGAAACCAAAGGAGAUGUACAGACACAUGAAGUCUUUUCUUUGCACAGACGCGAUGAUUCCUCCAAAUGACAAUGCAAACGCUAAGAGGCUCAUGUUAGCAAGCUUGAUAUCCCCAAAUCAGACCAACAAGUGAUGAUGUUACUCAUUUCCCAUAAUCAUGUUUAGCUUAUCUUGUCACUAAAUGUGAUUACUGAUUAUUAUUAUAUUCAAUAUUCAAUAUUAAGACAUCGCUUCAGGUAUGAAUGAAAACAAGAAUCCUUUUUUAAUCUCUCGAG